UGCUCUGACAGCAUGCUAUGCAGAGAAAAGAGCAAGAAACUGCAACAGAACAAAAAAAAAAAAAAAAAAACAAUAAAAAGCAAACCCCAUAAACACUCUUCAAAAACCCUAAAACAAUCUCUCUCCUCCCUUCACUUUCAUGGAAAACCUCCCACAUUCUCAGCACCCAAACAUGCUCUCGAAGAAACUCUUCACGAACCCCAGCAAAACUGUCUACGACGACGUAUUUGGUGGCCCUCCUCGUUUUGGAGUAGCCCCUACCCUGUCUCCUCGAGUGGAAGACUACAGCGAGAUAUUCGGUGGAUUUCACGCGCCACGUGGAGCUUCCUCUUCGAUUCCAGUGCUUGAUCUCCCAUUGGUGGAUAAUGAAGCAGCCGAAGAUGUUUUCUUUGAUGUUAGAAGCUGUUCUGGGUUUGAUUAUAAUGAGGUUUUUGGUGGGUUUAAUGGCUCUGACUUUGCUGUUUCCUUCGAGGAGUUGAUGAUGAAGCAAUCUGACGGCCGCGACUUUUCCUCUGAUGAAGCUUGGACACCAGAAGACCCUGAAUAUCUAUCAGAAGACUCAGAUAAUUAUACAAAGAACCAAUGCUUGUCGAAUGGUGACUCUCACGAGUCCAUUGAUGGGAUCAUGGAAUUUAACAUAUCAUACCAUAAAGCUACUCAAAGCAGCAACAAAGAUAUGCCAAAUGGAAUUACAUAUGUGACUCAGCCACUUGAUGUUCCUGGAUAUGCUUUUAUGGUUGAUAGAACCAUGUCUUUGCCAAAGUCAGAUGACGAGCACCCACCUCUGCAGGUGAGUGAUGAUGGCCAUCUCAAUAUUGAUUUCACUGGGGAAAUGUUGGGGGCAAAGAAGCUUAGGAAGACCAUGUCACAUCCGGCUAAUGGUAGCGCUGAUGAUCUAGUUUUUGGAAAUGAAGUUAGACCUCAUAAGGAAUAUGUCCGAAAUGGCUCUCUUCCUAAUGAGACGUUUGUAACUAUUUCUCAUGUCAGCCUUAAAACUCACCCCUCUCAAUUGCCACCACCUUCUAGACCACCGCCUGCAUUAGACGUCAAAAAGAGAGAUUCUUGUAAAUCAACCCCAAACUGUCAAAGCGCUGCUUCCUCAGGGAGUGCUGGUGACAGUUCUCCACCUUACUUUGAUGUAGAGGUAGAUGCAAGUUCCUCUGCUGCUGCCUCUGCUGCUGCUAUAAAAGAAGCUAUGGAGAAAGCUCAAGUCAAGCUGAAAAGUGCAAAAGAAUUGAUGGACAGGAAGAGGGGUGGUUUUCAAAACCAUACAAAAUUGGGUUCAAAAAAUGACAGAAAGGAUAGAGAAGGUAGGGUGGUUAAGAUUGUUGAUGUGUCUGGUAGUACAAAAUAUGAAGGGGUGCAAGGCACUUGUGAAAGUGAAGAGAACGGAAUGGAUGACAGGCAAAAGGUUAAAAUUGCAGAUUCUUUAGAAGGGAAAAGGCAUCAAAACGCAGCAAAAAUGUCUUCUGAUGAGAAGCUUGGAAGGGAAUCCUUGUCAUCUCAAGGAUCCGAUAAAAUUGAUGAAGCUAGUGAAUGGAAAGAAGCUACUCAAUUUUUUGAACUGGUGAGAACAAAUGUACCCAGAAAAGUCAUUGACUUGUCAAAUAAUGAUAACAUUUUUCCGCAGAACACAAAUAUCCAUGAACAAGGGCAGAAGGUGAAAAAGGUAGCCAUGGAAGCAUCGCAGCAGCAGCUAGAAAAUGGCAAGAAAGUACAAGCAGUUACAGCAGAUCAUGAACUGGAGGAAUAUGCCAAGAACACUAAAGUAUCAAAACCAGCUCGUGACCUUGGGGGAAGCAAUGGGAGAUCAGAAGCUGCUAAAGUGGCACACAGAGAGAAAGGGCUUGAGAAGAAGGUACAAGUAGCUCAAGAGGUUCUUAGAGUGGAGGAUGAGGACAAACUUGGAAUGGACAAGCAGUCUUUGGAAACUGAUAAGAGACGAACUAGAGCUGACGGGUCACAAAAACAUGAGCUCAUGGGAGAGGUUCCACGAGCACAAAGUAAACAUGAAGCUAAGCAGACUGCAGAGGACAAGGAGAAAGAGCCUUGGCUGAAAGAGGCUGUUAGAAAUGCGGAGAAUGAGAAACUAUUCAUUCAUAAAAAGGAAGGUGGUGAAAGGAGACAAAGGAGCACUUUUGAGAAGGAAGAAAAUGAAAAGAAGCUUAAAGCAGCUCUUGAACAAUUGGAAAAUGAGAGAAGGCUGAAGAAGGCAUUGGAGCAGAAAGAAAAGGAGAAGAGGAUAAAGGAGGCUCGUGUGAGGGAAGAAACUGAGAAGAAGCAGGGAGAGGCUUAUGAAACACACGAAGAGGAGAAGAGAUUAAGAGCAGCUCUUGAGCAGGAAGAAAAUGAGAGGAGACUGAAAGAGGCUUUGGUGAAGGAGGAGUAUGAGAGGAGACUGAAAGAGAUUCAUGAGAAGGAAGAGUAUGAGAGGAGACUAAGAGAGGCUGCUGAUAGAGAGGAGAAUGAGAGGAGACAAAGAAGGAUUCGUGAAAGAGAAGAAAAUGAGAAGAGAUUAAACAAAGCUCUUGAGAAGGAAGAGAAUGAGAGGAGAAUACGAGAGAAUGAGGGGAGGUUGAGAGAAGCUCAUCAAAGAGAAGAGAAAGAGAAAAGAUUAAAAGAAGCUCGUCAAAGAGAAGAGAAUGAGAAAAGAUUAAAAGAAGCUAUUGAGCAUGAAAAUAAGAAAAAACAGAGAGAGGCUAAUGAAAAAGAAGGAAAUGAGAAGAAAUGUAAAGAGGUUUUUGAAAAUGAAGGGAUUGGAGACACUCUAGAACAGGAAACAACUGAAAAGCAACUAGAAGAGACAAAUGAGCAAGAUGAAAGUGGCAAGUUAAGAGAGACUCCAGAGGGAGAAGUAAGUGAACCAGGAACAUGCACAUCAGAAGAAAUGGGGGAUGCAUCCAAAGAGACCUGCAACUUGGAAAACACUGAGGUGAAGCUGAAGGAUGGCUCUGAGAAUGAUAAACCAGGGAUACUAAAUGAGAUGGGUGAGAACUGCAGGGUAGUGAAGCAGGCAUGUAAGACGGAAGUCAAUACGAACCUUGGAUCAACUAGAUUAGCUGGCAAACAUGAGGGGAGGAAUGGAAAACAAGUAGUGACCGAGGAGAUUGCUCAUGAAGAAAUUGGCAAGGUACCUCCAGAGCUGAAAAUCAGUGACAAGGAAGAAGCAGUUGAAACAGUGAGCACACAGGCUGGUGGAAAAACAAAAGUGUCUGGUUUGGCUCAAGGCAACUUAGAACAUGAAAAUAAUGUAGUGGAAGAUGAUGCUGUGUCAGUUUAUGGUGAUGAAAGGACGAGGAAAGCAGGGGAAGCUGGAAAUGGCACUGGACGAAAGAGCAUAGAGAAAACUAAGAAAGCCUCCCAAGUAGAAUCUGAUAUCGCAAAUCAAGGGAAGGAAUUUGCUCAGGACAGGAGUGACAGAAGAAAGAAUAUCCCCCAGGCAGUUGCUAUGAAUCAUGAAGACAGAAAGGAAAAUUUCAUGUCAACUGGAGCAGUGAAAAAAUCGGUUGAGACUGGAAGGAAAAUAGAAGCUGCUCAGCCAGCUAAUUUAGAAGCAAAAGGAAGUACCCCGGGAUCAACUCAGCAGCUUAAUACAAGUGAAAGAAAAGUAAAGAAUCUCAAUAAGACCCUAUCAUCAGAGGAAAAAGAAGUUGAGAGGAUGAGAAGAGAAAAGGAGCUGGAAAUGGAACGUCUCAGAAAGCUAGAAGAAGAGAGGGAGAGGGAAAAAGAAAGAGAAAAGGACAGAAUGGCUGUUGACAGAGCAGCGCUUGAUGCUCGUGAAAGGGUACAUUUCGAAGCUCGUGAUAGGGCAGAACGGGCUGCUGUGGAAAGAGCAAUAACUGAGGCCCGUGAAAGGCUAGAGAAGGCCUGUGCAGAGGCUAGGGAGAAGUCAUUAACUGAUAACAGAUCUUUAGAGGCCAGGCUCAGGGAACGUGCUGCAGUAGAGAGAGCUGCUGCAGAGGCACGCGAGCGUGCUUUUGGAAAAGUAAUGUCUGAAAGGACUGCUUUUGAGGCAAGAGAACGAGUAGAAAGAUCUGUCCCAGAUAAAUUCUCUGCUUCUUCCAGGAAUGGUGGAAUGGGACCUAGUUCUUCACCCUCAGUAUAUAAUGGUUCCUACUAUAUGGAGAGAUCUGAAGGGGUGGAAGGUGAGUCACCUCAAAGGUGUAAAGCAAGGUUAGAAAGGCAUAGGCGAACAGCUGAACGUGCGGCAAAAGCUCUAGCAGAGAAAAAUAUGCGAGAUCUUCUUGCUCAGAGAGAACAAGCAGAGAGAAAUAGAUUAGCAGAAACUCUGGAUGCUGAUGUCAAGAGGUGGUCCAGCGGGAAAGAAGGAAACUUGCGUGCAUUGCUGUCAACUUUACAAUAUAUCCUUGGGUCUGACAGCGGCUGGCAGCCAAUUCCAUUGACUGAAGUAAUAACUUCAGCAGCUGUAAAGAAAGCUUACAGGAAAGCCACGCUUUGUGUUCAUCCUGACAAGUUACAACAACGGGGUGCAAGUAUUCAGCAGAAGUACAUAUGUGAGAAGGUCUUUGAUCUUCUGAAGGAGGCUUGGAGCAAGUUCAACUCAGAAGAGCGGUAGCCUGAGCUCAUCAUAUCUGUGCCAUUUACUUAUUCGCAAUUGACAACUCAUUCUGUAAAUACAUUCGUCUUGUAGGUAAAUAUCGUUGAGUCCAUCAGAUACUUCAUUAUCUAUUUGCAGUUUGAGAAUGUAAUUUAUGCUCAAAGGGAAAUAGGUAAGAAACAAAUAUUAUUCAAUGCAAAGCGGCCAAUUUGUAUUUCAAA